CAGUUACCUGCAGUUACCUUUGUAUCGUUUGACAAUUUGGAAUGGUUCGGAGCUGUGCUUGCUGGAAAUGGAAUUGCAUUAAUUGUUUUGCUUGUAAAUACGUCCAUGGGAAAUUAAGUGGAUGAAAAUAAAAAGUGACCGAGACCCGUGUGAAUGUGACGUGUAACAAUAUAAUGUUGAAACACAUUUCCCUCGUAACGGCGAUCAUACUGAUAUGUUUGUCACAGUCUGAGGCACAAUAUGACGACAAACGAUGCAAAUGCAUUUGUCCUGGCCUGUCCUCCGUGAUAAGUACAGCCCAAUCAUCGUUAGAACGACAAACGUACAUCAUAAACGUUCCACCAUCCCAAUGCAACUGCGAAGGUGUUGUAUUAUCAAGGGUAGGAGAUCAGAUAAAAGGCAAGGAGGAGAUCUUUUGUUCGCGAUGCGAUUGCAAAUACGAAAAUAGAAAUACUACUAUUAUCAAAAUAGUGGUCAUACUUGUUAUUUGGGUUAUAUCUCUUUUAGUAAUUUAUAUGUUAUUCUUAAUUUGUCUGGAUCCGUUGUUAAACAAAAGAAUUCAUAAAGCUUCCGCAAAUAUUGGCUACCAUGAGCACAAUAAUGAAGAGGAUGAUACGUCGAUAACACCUGGAACAUCGCAUCCUAUGCGUGAAAGAGGUAAUGUUUUAAAUCGCGUUGGCCAUCAACAAGAUAAAUGGAAACGUCAAGUUCGCGAACAACGACGUAACAUUUACGAUCGACAUACCAUGCUUAAUUGAAUUGUACAGUUCUGUCUCUAAAAAGAAUUAUAUAUGAUGCAUAAUAAAUAAGGGAUGUGACUUUCGUUUUAUGGCAUUCACAGCGUUGUACAUAAUUUUUUUUUUUAAUCUCUUAUGUAUAAACGUGGAAAUUUAAUUAUACAUACGUAACGAGUAAAGAUAAGAAUCAAUUUGCUUGUGAAUGUCAGUAAAAUUCGUCGUUACGUUAACAUUGCACUGAAUAUACAUAGGUACGUCUAUGAGAUUCAUCAGAUCUAGUGUAUAAAACAAUAAAGUAUUAAAGAUAUGUUAUUUUUAUCGGUAAGUGUA